AUGGCACACUGGAAUGUGUAUAUUGUCAUAAUCUUCCUUGUUCAGAUUUUCAUUGGAACACUGGGGAAUCUCUCUUUCUUAGGUAAAUAUUUAUAUAUUUUCUUCCCUGGAUAUAAGACAAAAUCCAUAGAUUUGAUUAUUAUGCAUCUGAUCAUGGCCAACCUCUUGGUCAUUCUCUCUAGAGGGAUCCCAGAGACGAUGGCAGCUUAUGGGUCAGAAGACUUCCUCAGUGAUUUUGGAUGCAAACUUGUUUUCUAUCUUAACAGGGUGGGCAGAGGUGUAGCUUUUGGCAGCACCUGCCUGCUGAGCGUCUUCCAGGCCAUCACCAUCAGCCCCAGCAACUCCAGGUGGGCAGAACUGAAAGUGAAAUUGCCCAAAUAUAAGCACCUUCACUGUCCUCUGCUGGGUCCUGCACCUGAUCCACGUACCACAAGAGGAGUAUAUGCGGGACAUGCAGUGCUUUCCACCAUCACUGAUGUUUUUUGCAUAGGGCUCAUGCUUUUGUCCUGUGGCUCUAUGGUUUUCAUCUUGUUCAUGCACAAGCGGCGGGUUCAACACAUGCAUAGGACCAGCAACUCCUUCAGGUCUUCUCCUGAGACCAGAGCCACCUGCAGCAUCCUUAUUCUGGUGAGCCUCUUUGUAUUUUUCUAUUUCAUGUCCUGUAUCAUGCAAAUAUAUGUGACAUUUUUCAGUCAUCCAAGAAUCUUACUGUUCACUCUUGACGCUUUCCUAAGUGCAUGCUUCUCAACUGUAUGUCCCUUUGUGUUCAUGAUUUCUGGACAUUACACAUCUGGAAUCAGCUGUGUCUGGUCUGCAAGAAACAGAGUCAUCUCACUUCAGAAGAAACAUGCUUGUGCUGCCUGGUUUCCCUUGUGUUGA